GCUGAGCUGUGCGGCGCGGGCCGGGCGAGCUGCCGCCUGCGCCCGGAGCGAGCGGAGCGCGGCCAUGCCCGGGCCCUAGCGCGCUGCCGCAGCCCGCGCCCGCCGCCGUCUCUUCAAUGGGCAACCUGCUCGGCGGGGUCAGCUUCCGCGAGCCCACCACCGUGGAGGACUGCGACUCUACCUGGCAGACCGACUCGGAGCCCGAGCCCGAGCAGCCGGGGCCGGCAGGCGGUGGCGAGGGCCAGGAGCACGACGAGCCGGAGCAGCCCGAGCAGCCUCUGGAGAGAGCUGGAGGGCGGCCCCGCGCCAGCCCCGUACCGGAGGAUCACGCCGAGGCGGCGGGCGCGGAGCAGGGUGGCGAAUCCACGGAAGGAAGUGCUAAACCAAAGAGAAGCUUCUAUGCAGCGAGGGAUCUGUACAAGUACCGACAUCAGUACCCGCAGAACUUCAAAGACAUCCGAUAUCAAAAUGACUUGAGCAACCUUCGCUUUUAUAAGAAUAAAAUUCCAUUUAAGCCAGAUGGUGUUUACAUUGAAGAGGUUCUAAGUAAGUGGAAAGGGGACUACGAGAGACUGGAGCACAAUCACACUUACAUCCAAUGGCUUUUUCCCCUGAGAGAACAAGGCUUGAACUUUUACGCUAAGGAAUUAACCACAUAUGAAAUUGAGGAAUUCAAAAAAACAAAGGAAGCAAUCAGAAGAUUCCUCUUGGCUUAUAAAAUGAUGCUAGAGUUUUUUGGAAUAAAGCUGAUUGAUAAAACUGGAAAUGUUGCUCGGGCUGGAAACUGGCAAGAAAGAUUUCAACACCUGAAUGAGUCUCAGCACAACUAUUUAAGAAUUACGAGAAUUCUUAAAAGCCUUGGUGAGCUUGGGUACGAGAGUUUUAAAUCUCCUCUGGUAAAAUUCAUUCUUCAUGAGGCUUUAGUGGAAAACACUAUCCCCAACAUUAAGCAGAGUGCUCUGGAGUACUUUGUUUAUACAAUUAGAGACAGAAGAGAGAGGAGAAAGCUCCUGAGGUUUGCCCAGAAACAUUACACACCAUCAGAGAAUUUCAUCUGGGGACCACCUAAGAAAGGACAGCCAGAGCGAAGCAAAGCCCAGAAGACGCCUACUCUGCCUGCUUCGGGCUCGAAUGCUCAAACUUCUACGCACAAGAAAUCCAAGGACUCCAAAAAUUCCUCAGUGGCUAUUCACUUAAAUAGCAAAACAGUGGAAGAAAAAAAGGGGGCGUCUAAAGAGCCUGGGGAGGAGGCAGACAAGCCAAGCCCAGAGCCCAGCAGUGAAGAUACCAAGCCAAGAAACACAGAGAAAGGUAGUGCUACUGACCAGUCUGAUUCUACACCGGAGAAAACAGUUACUGAUACUGCAGGAAAAGGGGACUGUCCAACUUCUUCUGAAAAAGAUGAAGAAGGGGAAAACCAGAGCAAAGACUCUGAAAAUCCUGAAAAUGCCAGUUGUCAUGCUGAGGUAGUGGUACAGCAAAAUGUCACAAACCCACAGACCAGUUCUGGUUAAGGGAGUAAAAACAACUGCUGUCUGAUUUUACCAUGAAGAACAGAGAUGAGGUCAGGUUUAAAUGUUAGCCACCUGUGACUUUUGCUGUACGCCCUUUGCUCUUGCUUUUAUUUUUGGAUCACAGUGAAUUGGACAUUUAAUAAGAAGUUUUAAGACCAGAUCCAAUAAAAGAAUACGCUUAGGAUGUGUUUUCAAAUUCUGUAUAUAACAGUCACUUUAAAAAUAGUUUCAAGUUAUCCAGACGCAGUUUCGUAGCAUUUGGUAUCCAACAUGUUCUCUUGAGAGAUUCCUGCAGACAUUAAGACCCUCUGGUAAUGCGGCAGCACCUGGCUUUUAGAUUAGUGAAGGAUGAUGAGUUAGGCAUGCCCAAAUGUUUCCAGAAACUGAUCUGGAUGCUCUGAUUACAGCGCCUCAGAGCUCUUAGCUUUGGUGUCUGCCGUGGCUGUCCUUCUCACUGGCUUGCUGCCCUCUCCUCCCCCUCUUCUUCUUGCUUGGGCUUCACCAUCUCUCUCAGCUUCCACUCGAGUUUUCUAGUACACACACAUUAGGAUCCUCUCCUGUCCGGGUGGAGCAGAGGGGAUUUUUUACUAGUCUGAUUUCGGGAUUCUUUUUAUGUUCUUAAUAAUAAACAUAGUCUCAGUAUUAAGUGUUUAGAAAGGACUUUUGUGUGUGUGUGUGCGUAUGUGAAAAAAUAAGGAAUGAAAAUAGACUUUUGUUUUUUUCGUGGCUGUUCUAUACAAAAUUGGUAGUUGAUUACGGAUGCAAAUCACUGAGGAGUGUUAUAAAAACCACAAAAAAAAAAAAAAAUUAGUCAUUUUGAAAAGAGGACUCUUCAUGCUGUCAACAAGCAAAUUGUCCUUUGAACCAUUAGUGUAGUGAUGCCAUGAGGACUACACUGAUGUCACCGGUCCACGGUGUGUGUGUGUGUGUGUGUGUGUGUGUGUGUAUGUAUGUUCAUAUUUAUUAUGUGUUCAUGUUUGUCUCAUCUUCAUGUACUGUGUGUAUGUUCAUCUUCGUGUGUUGUAUGUUCAUCUUCAUGUAUGUGCAUCUUCAUAUAUUGUGUGUAUUCAUCUUCAAGUAUUGUGUGUGUAUUUUCAAUUUCAUGUAUUGUGUAUUUGUUCACCUUCACGUAUUAUGUGUAUAUAUUCGUCUUUCAUUUGUCAUUUGAAACUGAGAACAGUUUGAAAUUAUAUGUACCCACUUUGAGUAAAUAUUAGAUUUGCAUAGCA